GCCCCCGGGAGGUCUCGCUCGUCCGACGUCAAUCAGCCAUGCCCCUCCUGCAAUGUGCACCCAUUAGUCACUGGAUCCCAAGUCCCUAUGCCCUGGGCCCAUCGGUUCCUUCUACCCCUGAUCUCGGUCCCUAGUGCAGUGGGUCCGUUCAUGAGCAUGAGCUCCCCACUCAUCGACUUAUCUCGAGACUACAUCAGCAAUGCCAGGAGCCAGCCGCACGUCCUAUCUGGUCUACCAAUUUGUCGCCCGAGAUAUUUUCAGGUUCUUGAAGCACAAUGAUGGGGGCGGUCUGCGAUAAGGCUGUCAGGGUGGCAGCUUCCUUGAGCACACAGCCUACGAAAUUUUCGUUCCCCGUAUGUUUUCUCAUUUACCACAUAUUCACCCCAAGUCCAUCGGUUUAACUUUGAUACCAUACUUCGAUACGUUUGCCUGUGUGGUUUAUACGCACACCGGGGGAUCACACAUAAUACGGCCCAUAAAGAAUAAAUUAUAUUCCGCAUAUUGUGACCCAAGAAAUAAGCUUACUCGAUAUGCUACAUAUCAGCGCAAAAACGUCCUGAUACCA